AUGAACUGUUCUUUCAAGCUGAAUGAACGCAAAGCUCUCGAGCUUGGAGCACUACCUGUCCCGAUGUUGGCAUAUUCGAUGGCCUGGACAGCAAACCCCUGCGCGUUCAAACCCAGGGGUCGCCCAAUGGUUGCUCCCAUACUCAGGUUCCAACACAUCGAGUCCGCGGCGAUGGACAACGGACGAGCCACCGUCAGCCCGCGGCGGUGCUCGGACUGCAACAGGAGGUGCGGACACGCCCGAAGAUGUGCCGGCUGCUCUCGACUCACUACCUUCGAGCACGAGCUCACCCGAGCGCCAUACAGCGUCCCUGAGCACCAAAGAACCAUCCUCAUGGAGGCUGGCACUCUGGAAUCAAGUGUCCGGGAAGGCAGCUCUGAUGGAGCACAGAACCAGAUCACAACAACUGCACAGUUACCUGAUAAUUUUAAUAGGUUCCGAAUGGGGAGCCUCAAUUGGGGGAUAUGGGCGGGGUUCCUCUUAGCAACUGUUAUGUUAGUCCCGACACACAUUUAUCUUAAGAAAUACGACUAUAGGAUAGACUUGCUCGGUAUUAUCUUUGUAUUGACCGUGCUUUUCCUCGUGUGUUUUUCAGUCUCCAUGUUCCAUUCCAAAACUAGAGAAAUUCUUCUCCAUAGAUUACACAUCGAAGAAGAAACGCGUGCGUUCCCAGCCUCGAGUUCCCCGGCGUCACGACGUAGACGUUACCGCAGGAACGUGCGUUUCUCGUCGCGUUACAACCAAUACCCAUUACGCCGCGUGCGCUCCACACCUGAACUCCAUCUCACGAGACUCUCGUCGAGCUCCACGGGGUCACCCAUACUCAUGUACCCCACGAACAACACCGGCGCUGCUUCGACCCUGGCUGCGCGCUGCGCCCGGAACGCCAGCAUGGCAAGCAGGGCUGACCCUCCACCCUACGACAUCGCAGUGCUGCUGCCCAAGCCCCCCAUGCGGCGCUGUGAGACUCCUCCUCCAUCUUACGAACACAUACAAUAGGCACAGCGGGUGUAACCAUCGUAGAUACAUACUGAACAGACUUGCAAUCAUAGUCGUAAGCUCCUUAUUUGAUUAAAAUACACUCGGAAUACCGAUAUACGAAUAUUGAAUACUUCGUGGGACUUUGAAAGUUCUAAGUCCCACGAUGAACACUUUAGCUAAUUACAGUGAUCUCGCGUGCAAUUGACAUAUUGGAUAUAUAGUCCAAUAUUUCGUACUAGUAGCUGUUUUGUUUUGGGACAUGAAUUUUAAUUGGAAUAAAAGAAAGAUUAACUUUUGAUCAUAGAAUAUGAAUGGUCUAAAAUACACGAGUUAUCAUUUUACCGCUGUCGUUUUUAAAUUCAAAGUAGGAAAGAAAAGAUUCAGCACUCUACUGCCAAACUUAUAUGUGACUCUGACUGGAUUAAUAAUUAAUAUUUGUGAUUAGUUAGAGAAAGCAAGAGACUGUGCACCUGUAACUUAAAUCAGCCGAACCUAACCUGUAAUUUAGACCAAUAAAACACAUAACACAUUCUUUAAAGUUGAAUUACUUCCAGCUGAUAUCAGUUAAGUUUUACUAAAAAAUAGAUAGGUUUUUACUAACACCUGUACCAUCACAAGUGUCAUUAGUGCAGUCUAUCGCUGAUGGGGUUCAAACCUCUCUGAACUCAAUAUAACCUUAUAAACGAUGUAGCUACAGGACUUCAGUUAUUCCAGGAAGAACUAAAUGCAUGCGUUGCUGGAAAUUUUGCAAUUCGAAAUCGAAAAUCCCUUAGAUUGCCAUGUUAAAUCGAAGGAUUGGUUGGAGACACACUAAUCUACGUACAUUUAGUACUUCGUAGUACCUUUAGUACUUAGUGAAACGGCAUAGAUAAAUUUUGGCGGCCAUGCUAUGCAAUAUUUCAUUACCCGAAACAUCAGUAUAGGGGCAAAUAUUUCAUUCAAACAUUUAUAGUGGAGUUCGAUUACAGAUCAUUAUUCGAUAGCAGAAUUCUUAUUUGAAUAUUCGAAGAAUAUGUUAUGUGUUAGGCUAAUUUAGAGGUUUAGUCAACUUAUGACACCUAAUGUUAUAAAAUUCAUGCCCAUUUAGGUAAUGAGUAUUGAGUAUUGACCCUUCAUUCACUGCCUAGUCUUAAUAGGUGUUUGAAUAAUAACUAUUUCAGCUACUAGUCUGAGUGAGAAUAUGAUUAAUGAGUUAACAAUAAUGUUUACCACCUAAGGUGAAUAUGAGCUAAAUUUAAAAGAAGUAGCUGCGCUAACUUCAAGUUUGGUACGAGUGCUGUAGAAAUCCAUUUUCGUGAAAUAGACUAUAUAGUUAAUGCAAAUUUUAGUACCUUACGUAAGGAAAAUCCUAGCUAAUGAUGACGAUGAUUUGUUCAUCGAGGUGAUUUUUUAUCGUUUUCAAGGCUGUGGUGACUGGAUAAGUAUUACUAUUGAAAGGUUUUCCGUGUAACGGUAAGUGAUGUACAUGCGUUAAAGUGAUUCAGUGUUUCCUUCACAUACGUUCAGUGUUUCCUUCAGCGCAGAAGCAUUACUUUUGAUUUCAUGUUAUAGGUGCAAAUUUUUUUAAUCUAACGAUACAAGAUUUAUAUAGAUUUUGAUGGUUGUAUUCAGCGAAUUUUGAGGAAUUAUGUGAGUUUGAUCCCUAGCAGUUAUCUUGUACUUUUAAGUGUGUCUUAAUAGCUACUUUUAUACGUUAUUCUUCUUGAGCAGAGCUCUUUGAUGUGUAUUUAUGAGUCAUAGUGUAUUUGCGACGGAAAAAAUUUAUUUCCAUCUGUUUUCAACGACGCUAGUAUUUCAUUUUAUGCUUGCAUUCGUUAUUACCUGCAAAUUAGCUUUUUUAUAUCGUAAUUAUGUGGUAAAAUAUUUUCUCGGUGUUCCGUUCGUUAUUUUCGAAUGUCAUGGGUUUCGAAACUGGCGAAAUUUACGUUAUCAAAAUCAAUCCAUUUCAGAAAUGAUCUGAAUUCACGUAGUUAUGGUACCUGAAGUACGUACCUAUAGUUCGGUCUACCUCACUCGAAAAUUUGAUAUUUGGAUUGAUCCAGCUUUAGUAUUUUAACUUUAAAUUGGGAUUAGAAAAUUUAUGCAUUUUAAUCAGAAAUUCGACUUGAAAUUGGUUGGUAAACAAUUGCCUUCUUAGAUAGAUGAACCUAUUUAGAUUUAGAACAUUUCUAUUCGAAAUGAAGAGUCUAAUUUCACACGCAUGUUGAUUCUCGGUUACCGAAUUUACUGUAUUUGACGCCUGAAAUAUUUUAUUCGUUGAGUUGAGCAAUUUUUAUAUAAUUUUCUUGCUUUUUAGAGGUAUCAGUACUAAAUUUAACAAAAAUUAUAACUGUGCGGAAAACCUUUAAUACAUAUAAAUGUUAAUAUUCAUAUGUAAAAUUUUAUCUCCGUCGUCCUAAUUAGUUUCCGUCUCAGGUAUAACUCAGCUGUUUUGUUUAUGUCAAAUUUAUUAUUAUACUUUAUUUCCUUAGCGCAUAAUCCUUAUUUCCUUAGCGCAUUUAUUUCCUUAGCGCAGUGGUAAUGUAAUUAUGUCAGUGUUUCAGCUUUCAAUAUUUCCCACUAGAACGGAUGAAACAAUCAACUAUGAAUUUUAUUAUAAUGAUAAUUGUGUUUAUUGAGAUAAAACGACAUUGCUGAAAAAAUAUUAUUUGACACUCUUGUAUUCAGAAUUUGUUUCUGACCAAAUUAGGCUUAACAAUUUUUUUGAUUGGCAACAUUUUCCUGAAAAUUACAAAAAAGCUUUGAUUGAUUUAUAACGAUAAAAGUUAGGCUGACGUUCUAAUAUAGCAUUUUCAAGUAUUAACCCACACUUCGUAUAUCGAUUCUUACGAAUAUUACACAAUUUGUUAUUAACUAAUAUCCUAAUUGGGAGGACGAUAGAGAAAAAAUUCGCAUUUUUUCUUUAAAUAUUUUUAAUAACUUCCAUCAAUCGCUACACAAUUGUUCGAGCUUGUGUUUGAGCGCAAAUUUUGACAGGAUUUAGUCAAAAAUAUAUAAAAUAAGUGCGUUGCAGUUAUUUACUUCUAAAAUAUCUGUGCAGCUUACAGUAAGAUUAUCGUGAAUUAUGGUGAAUUUCCAGUAUCAUGACAAUCUAGCAAGGUUUGGAUUUGAAUUUUAGCUACUCAUUUUUUUAGUCUUUAUCAUUCAGCCUAUAAAAUCAUUUAGCCCAUAAAAACCCCUCUAUAUAUUAAUUUUACAUCUGUUAUCAAAUAAUUUUUCCGAUUACUAUGAUAGUUCCUUUAAAUGGUAAAUUUUUUGUGUCCUACAAUGUUUUUAAUCAGUACUACAAUGUUUUUUCGGAUCUAUUAAUCCUACAAGCAUACGUUGCUGGUUUUAAUUAGGGGCAACUAGUUACAAUAUUUAGCGUUGAAGUAACUUUCUUGCAGCUGAAAAGCUAAUUUGGAAAUUUUAUUUAACGCCGUGCUCCUGUAAAAUGAGAAAGCCAAGGAAGCUUCCUACAAAUUCUCACUAAGUUUAAACUUAUUUUGUGAGGAUUACAUUGAAUUUAAGGAAGCCGAGAUUUUACGGAUAAUUUGUCGUUUUCGAUAUCUUAAUUCUCAACAGCCUGAGAAAAGUAACAGCACGGUUUAUUGGCAGGAAGAGAAAGAACCAUCUUUUUUGGCCAUGUUCCUGUAAACUAUCAUUUUAUGAUUAGUUAAGCAUUCUGCGGCAAAUUAUCCCAUAUUAUAUAAUUUUUACCCUUUAUUCUCAAUAGCUUCGUGGUUUUAUCAGAUCCCUGUUAAAUAAAGUGGAAUUUUAGAGGUUUCA